AUGCAGUUAAGCGCACACACACGCACGCACUCUUACCUGUUUUGCUCGGCAGAAGGCAAGCAUCUGGCCGCCGUGUACUCGUGCGACUUCUACGAGGUCUCCAUCUCCCUCAACCACCAGGUGAACGAGCUACUUGUGGGUCUCGUCUCCGCCAUCAAGGCGGCCAAUCAACACGUGAAUGAGGAGCGUCAGCGUCUCAGCCGCAUCGCUAGUCUCAAAGGCGAUGCUUGCGAGACUACCGCCUCCACCACCACCACCACCACCACCGCCACCGCUGCCGCUACCACUGCCGCUGCCUUCGCUUCAUCCUCCUUCUCGACCUCACGCGAGCACAGGGCCUCCAUCAAGCAGAAGUUGCAGCACUCACGACGCUACUCCAACAUGGGCAAGAGCAUUCGCCACUUCUUCAAGAAGCACUUCUCUCUCAACGGUACCUGA